AGAAGUGUUUUUCUAAUAAAAGUUCCAAACUUUCCAAUAUUUAUAUGGUGUUUAGAAAGAUCAAUAUAUUCACAUCUAAUCCGCUCCGUCUACGAAGAAAAACAUUCCCAAUUGGAACCCCAACAGCUUGAAUUUGAAAUUCAUCACAGAGGCGCAAUUCUGCCACAGAGGAUGCCAUCUCUUCAUCUCCUCUCGUCAGUAUCUUCUUUUGACAACCCUUCUCUACAACGUGCGCGCCUCUCAAAACCCGGUAACAGUUCUAAUCCCCCAAUUCAUUCAAAUGCCAUUUCCCCAAAAUUCGCACAUGCCCACUUCGCCAAUCGCUCUAUUUCCCCUUCUGUAACUCUCAGUCAAUUGCGUAUUCAAUCCCGAAGCAGUAGUUUUCUACCCUUUAAGCCUCCAAACGAUGGAGCCCACUGGAAGAGGGGUUACUGUAGUGCUGUUAAUGAUUCUGACGAGAAAACUAGGUCAGUUUUGGACUCCAGUGGCGGCGGUGAUGGAGGUGAAGGCGGCGAUGGAAGUGAUGAUAAUGGGAAGGUGGAUAAGCAAAAGGGUUCUUCUGGGUUUCUGCCGGAAUGGUUGAAUUUAACUUCGGACGACGCCAAAACGGUCCUUGCAGCCAUUGCAAUAUCUCUUGCCUUCAGGACGUUUAUUGCAGAACCGAGGUACAUUCCGUCGCUAUCAAUGUAUCCUACCUUUGAUGUUGGGGAUCGACUUGUAGCAGAGAAGGUCACAUACUAUUUCAGAAAGCCUUGUGCUAACGAUAUCGUGAUAUUUAAAAGCCCACCAGUGCUUCAGGAAGUAGGAUAUACAGAUGAAGAUGUCUUCAUUAAAAGAGUUGUUGCUAAAGGAGGUGAUACUGUGGAGGUCCGGAAGGGAAAACUUAUUGUCAAUGGGGUCGAGAGAGACGAAAAGUUUAUCCUUGAACCACCAUCAUACGACAUGACUCCGGUUGAAGUGCCAGAAAACUCGGUGUUUGUGAUGGGCGAUAAUCGCAAUAACAGCUAUGAUUCUCAUGUGUGGGGUCCACUGCCAGCCAAAAAUAUAAUAGGAAGAUCAUUAUUCCGCUAUUGGCCUCCGAACAGGAUUGGUGGAACCGUUAUCGAGCCUAGCUGUGCUGCUGAUAAACAAGAGGGCACUCCUUCCACACCAGAGAUUUCCAGCCAACAGACCUCAACUUCUCAACCGUAACAGUUUUGGUCAUGUUCUUGUAAGUUCAGUUGGUUGUUCUGCAAAUGCCUUGUCGUUCCCAUUCGCUCCCCUGUAAUUUUGAAGCUCCUUUUUGUUGAAUGAACUGGGCAUUUUGUGCAAGGCCUUAUUUACUGUUGAUCUUGGUUUAUGCAAGUUACUAGAGAUGACUCUCAGUGUUGAGAGAUCUGAACUAGUGACGUUGCCAUUCUUUGUGAAUCCAAUUGAACAGUACAAGCUAGUUAUGAUAUAGGAAUAUGUGCUCUUGAAAUUUAAAACUAGAUAAAUUGCUGCAGUAGAUGUGAUCAAUACCAUACAAGGAGGAGGUCGGAUGUGCAAACCUUUUGCUCCAUCAUGGCUACAGAUAAGUUAAGUUAUUCCAAGGUUCUAAAGAAGCAAUAUCUAAAUCAACAGCCUUGCCUAUACAGACAGUGUCUUUCCAAUGAUCCUACAGGCAGAGUCUUUCCCUCCAAUGAAGAGAAAGAUGCAGGAUGGAGGUCUCUGUCAAUAAUAUGUACAUAGUCUUUCCUUUUUUUUUCUUCAUAAGCUUCAAGUUGCGAGAUUCGAUGCCCAACGACCGGGUGAUAUGCUUUCGAUUACCAGUUACACCAACAAAUUCCUUCUUGAAUGGAGUUAAAACACCAGCUUCAAAGGAAGGUUUCCAUUUUUAUCCACGGCUUCGAAGGAUGGCUCCAGCCCCACACAAAGGCAGGCACCUAGUUCCCUUGAAGGUUCACCGAUUCGACUCGAUUGCUCUGUUCCGGUUGAUAGUAUUUCUUACAUUGCAAAGCAAGUAAACAUCGCAACAUUUGGAUAAAUUCCGAACUCUAAUUUUCGUUUACUUAGAUCAGUUUAGCAUUUA